CAUGCUCAGCUUCAGGAACAGCUUAGAAGUAUAACUAGACCAACUUCCUUGAGCAAAGAAUCUUUGGAACCUGGGCAUUUUGGAAACGUGAGAAGAACAUAUAGAGACAAACUUGAGUUGGCACCAUAUCCUAUUGAUGGGGAGUGGCUACCAAAAAGUGCUGUGUACGCGCUUGUGGAUCUUAUGGUUGUUAUCUUUAGCCGGCCUAAAGGUCUCUUCAAAGAGUGCACAAAACGAAUUUUAUCUGGAAUGCUUACUAUACAAGAGGAAUUGGUGAAGCUUGGGAUAGCUGAUGGCGUAAGAGAAGUCAGUUUGCAGCACUCUGCCAUAUGGAUGGCUGGCGUUUAUUUAAUGCUCAUUAUGCAACUUCUUGAAAACAAAGUAGCCAUUGAGUUGACACGUUCUGAAUUUGUUGAGGCUCAAGAGGCCUUAGUGCAGAUGAAGAAUUGGUUCUUGCGCUUUCCUACAAUCUUACAGGCAUGUGAGAGUAUGAUUGAGAUGCUUAGAGGCCAGUAUGCUCACUACGUUGGUUGUUACCAUGAAGCAACUUUCCAUUAUAUCGAAGCUGCAAAGCUUACAGAGAGCAAAUCAAUUCAAGCAAUGUGCCAAGUUUAUGCUGCUGUCUCUUAUAUCUGUAUUGGCGAUGCUGAAUCAUCUACUCUUGCACUUGACUUGAUUGGACCAGUUUACAGCAUGAUGGAUUCUUUUGUUGGUGUUCGAGAGAAAACAAGUGUUCUUUUUGCGUAUGGCCUCUUACUGAUGAAGCAACAUGAUUUACAAGAAGCAAGAAAUCGGUUGGCGAAAGGAUUACAAUUGACCCACAAUCAUUUGGGGAAUCUUCAACUUGUCGCACAAUAUUUGACAAUCCUCGGGAGUUUAGCACUUGCUCUACAUGACACCGUGCAGGCCAGAGAGAUAUUAAGAUCAUCUUUAACAUUGGCAAAGAAACUCUAUGACAUCCCAACUCAGAUCUGGGUACUAUCAGUUUUAACAACUUUAUACCAAGAGUUGGGUGAAAAGGGGAAUGAGAUGGAAAACGCGGAAUAUCAAUGUAAAAAGGCAGAUGAUCUGCAAAGGAGACUGGUUGAUGCACAUUCCUCCAUUCAUCACAUCGAAUUAAUUGACAAAGUACGGCUUGAGAUUCAGCAACUAAAGGGGGUUGACAUCAAGCGUGCAGGUAGCAUCUCACUUGGAGUUGAUCUUGAUAUACCAGGAUCCAUUGGUGUGUCGGUUUCGACUUCAUCAUUGAAGCUUAUGGAUAUAGACUCAGGGAGACGUGGAAAGAGGAAAAUUUAGAGCUUGCCUGGGAAAUUUUUCAAACCAGCUUCUUGUUGUUGUUAUUCUUUUUAAUCUUUAAUUUUGUUUUGUGUUUUUUUUCUAAACUAUUAUUGACUUGUAAAUAUUAAUUUAUUGCUCACUUUAAAUUAAGGGAAAGUGUGAUGGUUGACAAAUGUAUUUGGGGUUUUAGAUUUUGCAGGUAUAUCAAAACUUUCAGAUUUGAAUUUCAUUAUUUUUCAUA